CCUUUUUAGAGAUGGGCACGUUGAGGGUUGCGUACGAUAUUUUAUAUGGGAACUGUCCGAAACAGAAGGGCGGAGAGGAAUCUUCCAAUCCGAUAAAACCAUUUACCAGAUCUAAAGCGAUCGACGAGUUUUUCUUUUUCCUUGUUCAUCGUGCCCGAGAGUCUCUGGUGAUUUAUUCAUUGAGCAAUGGGUGAAGGGGAUUAUAAAAAAAAUGCAGGGUUUGUCGGCGGAAUCAGUCUGCUCGUCAGCAGCAUCACUGGACCAGGCAUCAUCACAAUCCCACUCUUGUUUCAACAGGCUGGAUGGCUUUUGCCAACGUUAUGCUUCAUCAUCAUUGCCUUCCUGUCCGCCCUUGGAUGCCUGUUUUUGAUUGAGAGCAUGACAUAUUUCCCUGGAAAUGAAAAGUUCCAGAGAAAUGUCGAGUUGACAGUGUUGGUUCAUCAGUUUUAUGGACGGAAAUGGUACUAUGUUAUGCACAUUAUCCUUUACGGAUCACUCCAAAGUUUCAACAUUGCGUCCAUUAUAUCGGCUGCUCAGACAUUUGAUGCGUUUUUGAUUACAAUCUUUGGACGGACCUGCGGGUUUGGGAUUUCGCCCUUGUCUGGAUUCAUCUGUGCGUCCGAGCAAACGAAUUCGAAUUCACCUUUUGGGGAUAACUACAUGUUAUGUACGGCGGGGUUCUUGGUUCUCCUUGUCCUCGUCAUCCCAUUGAUUACCCUCAACCUAAACGAUAAUCUCAUUGUUCAAUUAUUUUCGCUUGUAUACCUCGUCUUUGUCAUUCUGGUGUGGGUCAUCAUGGCCUUUGCUGUUGGACUCGGUUCAGCAGGGAUGCAGACAUUUGGGUCGAAUCUAACUGGGGUGAUUGGGACGGUCAUGUUCAAUUAUACUUUGGCGAAUACAGUGCCGAGUUGGAUGAACACCAAGCACAAAUCGGUGCCCAUCGCCAAAACGGUCUGGUGGUCGACAUGGAUGGCUACUGCGAUGUACCUCAUCAUUGGUAUCUUUGGCGGCGCCGCCUUCCCGAUGCCAUCGGAUUCAAAUCUUAUUCAAGCCAUUGCCUCCAAUGAUCAUGUCUCUGCUGCGGGCAAGGGCGUCAAUCAGGCCAUUAACGUCACGUACCCGGUUUUGGUACUGCUGACUUCGAUCCCCGUCUCAAUCAUUAUUGUAAAACUGAACUUGGUGACAAGUCGAUUAUGUACCGGGUCCUGGGCAUCUUUCUGGGCCGCUGCUUUCCCCUUUAUCGCCGCCCUCCCCUUCCAAACCGGCGCAUGGAUCACAUACUUUUCCAACUGGAGUUCCCUCAUAUUCCAAUCCCUAUGCAACUUUGCAGCUCCCUUCCUGGUCUACCUCUACCUCCCUAAACGGAAUCUCGUCAUGCAACAAUCCGUAUUAGACGAACUCGAGUUCUUGGACAUUGACGCCGGGAUUAAGAAAUGGAAAGACGACGACGACGACUUUGAUUAUGUCUAUCAUUUACCGUAUGCGGACUUGAACCGGCUGGGUGUACAGCGCUAUAAUCCUUUUGCACCAGCUGCUACGGCCGGGUCCCAGGCUUCCUUGGCUGUAGGUCAAGGUGCCCCUGGACAGCCAAGCACUGCCGGUGGAUCCUCGUCAGGGACGAGCGCCCAGCAGUCCCAAUACUUUGGUGGACCCCGAUACGGCCAAUCCGUCGCACAACUCUCAACCGCCUCUGGACAAUCUGCCAAGCAACUCAUGAGACAAAUGCUCGGACCAGGUGGAGGCGGGUCACGGAGACGAAUGAACAAAACCACGAGCAAGAUGAACAGCAAUGCCACCUCCCGUCGAACAAGUUUAACAAAUUCAAGGAGUAUGACGAAUUUAGGGGGUGGAUUGGCUGUUCCAGGUGCUGGAGGGUUGGCACCUCCCAGCGAGGGAGCCCGUCGUCUAAGCGUCAUGCUGAUGCCUGGAGCCAACAUGAACAAAAUCCAUCCAGUAACGGACAUGGAUGACGACGUGGAAGCGAAUUCCAAAGCCAUGAUGGCCGCUCCAGCAUAUGUAGAAGAUAAAACGGGUGAGAUGGGACAAUUCCGCGCGAUACCAUAUUGGAUGUCGAGAAGGGUGCAUCCAUCGUGGAUUGCAGCCGCUGCGUUGGUUCUUACUAUGGUCGCCGCGCUUGCAGUGCUGAUUUUGGAUGUUAUGGAGGUUGCCCAAUCCGGAUUAGAUUUGAGCUCGAACUCAAACUCGAAUGGUACUUCUUCAGAUGGGCCAGUGUUGGAGGUGGUAGGGGAUAUUUAAAACCAAAAAAAAAUCGCCCUGUUGAGAUCGCAACGAUUUCAAAAAAAUCAGAUCAAAUGUAAAACCCAUCCCUUUUUUUUAUUUUGUAACAUGUACAAUGCAAAUACCAUACGAGCCUGCGUCUAUAAAGUAUAGUUUAUAAACCUG